AUGUUUCGCAACAUAUUGUUACAUCCAAAAUACAGGUCUUUGCAAAAUAUUCUAUGGAGAGAUAAUCCCAAUGAUAGUGUUCAAUGCAUUCAACUAAACACUGUCACAUAUGGGUUGAAAAGUUCAUCUUACUUAGCAACUAGGUGUUUAAAAUGGUUAGCUGAGCUAUACAAGGAUGACUUCCCAUUGGCUGCAUUCAUAAUUAAUAAUUGCACAUAUGUCGAUGACAUUCUAUUUUCUAAUUGUUCCUCUGAUAACUUGAUAGAGGCCCGAGAGCAACUAUGUAAAUUGUUGAGUCUAGGCAGUUUUCAGUUACAUAAGUGGGUGUCUAACUCAAAAGAAUUAUUACAGGACAUCCCACAAGAUAGACAACAUUUUGAUGAGAUAGAUUUACAAGCAAACAACCAUUCAUUAAAGACUUUAGGCAUGUGUUACAAUACUCAGUCAGAUUCUUUUAUAGUGUCAAGUCCUAAAGCUACGGGUAAUAUGCCCCAGUCUAAACGUGAGAUUCUUAGUUUUAUUAGCCAGUUUUUUGAUCCCUUAGGCCUUGCUGGGCCCAUUGUGGUAGGUGCUAAAGUGAUUAUGCAACGUCUGUGGAAGGCUAAAUUAGACUGGGAUUCGUUACCUGAUAAGGAGUUGCUACAAGCAUGGCAUGAGUUUUACACUAGCUUAAUUUCUAUGAAACCAUUAAUCAUAGAGCGUUACAUAAGUUUGCAUAAUAUUAGCUUUGCCGAAAUUAUUGGGUUUGCCGAUGCUUCCAGCAUCACUGCUUAUGGCUGUUGUGUAUAUUUAAGAUGUGUUGAUGAGGCAGCUAAUGUUAAGAUUUCCUUGUUAUGCUCGAAAUCUCGUAUAAAUCCUACUUCACAAAGUUUAUCUAUACCAAGACUGGAGCUUAACGCUGCCUUGCUGCUCGCUAAGUUAGUGAGCAGAAUCCAUGAAACAAUAUCAGUAAAAAUAAAAAUACAAAAUGUGUUCCUUUAUUCAGAUUCACAAAUUGUUUUAGCUUGGCUUAAAACUAACAUAAAUACAUUAAAAGCGUAUGUAGCAAAUCGUGUUAAAGCUAUUAUGCAACUUACACAAACACACACUUGGUCAUAUGUUAGCUCGCAGGAGAAUCCAGCUGAUUGUCUUAGCAGAGGUGUGACACCUCACGAGCUAGCUGAUCACCCCCUCUGGUGGAGGGGACCAAAAUUUUUACAUUCAAGUGAGUAUAAACCAAAUUUUAAUUUUUCAAUACCACAAGAAUUACCUGAGGUCAAGGACUCUUCCGCAUGCUUGAGCGCUAUGGUUUGUGUUUCUACUUCUAUUGUUUCUAAAACAUUAUGUCUGGAUUUUCUAGAUAAAUUUUCGGAUAUUAAUAAGAUGCAAAGAGUGAUAGCUUAUGUCCUACGCUUCUGUCAAAAUGCAAGGUCCAAGGGUAUUAAAAAUAAGCUUAAUUAUGUAACCAGUCAGGAACUUAACAAUUCUUUGUUAAUUAUUUUAAUGUAUGAACAACAAAAGUUUCUGAAGGAUGAUAUCCAUGCUUUAAGGUGUGGUAAGGCCAUUGUUAAAGGCAAUUUAAAAUCUCUUUGUCCUUUUAUUGAUGACAGUGGUUUGCUGCGGGUUGGAGGGCGCUUGCAUAAUGCUGAUAUACCAUAUUCGCAGAAGCAUCCAAUUAUUUUGCCGCGAGAUUCGCGCGUCACUAACCUAAUAAUUCAUAGCGAGCACUUGAGGAACCUCCAUGCAGGCCCUAAGUUGACUCUGUCAUCACUAAGGCAAAGAUUCUGGAUAAUACAUGGUCUUAGAGAAGUUAAGAAAGUUUUGUACAGGUGUACCAUUUGUUUUAGAUUAAAAGCAGAAGCUUCUAAGCAAUUAAUGGGCUCUUUGCCGCCUGAUAGGGUGAAAGCAUGUCGCGCCUUUCAAAAAGUCGGUUUGGAUUAUACUGGUGCAAUAUCAUUGAAAAUUGCUAGACCAUCGCCAACGUCGUACUCUCCAAUCUUCACCAUCACUCCUCGCACCCUCAUUGGUCUCAAGUCAGCAGCAAACAGUCACUCGCAGCAGCAAGCCAUCACUCAUCUUCAAGGGCAUCUACAGGACCAUCGCAGCCGACGCAACGCGCUUCCUGGUUCUGGCACCCGCAACUCUCUUCGACUUCAUCGACGCCGACGCACCCUGCAGCCCACGUCUGGACGCGCGCACUCACCGGCGUGGCAGCCAUGUAGGGACCGGUGCCAACAAGUCAUAUUCCGCUCACGACAGUCUCGACUCACCGCAGACUACGAGCUCAACCUACGCAUCCCGACUCACUGGGACAUCGAGUAA